AUGAGCUGUUGCUGGCACGACGUCACGCCGCUUUUGCUCUUCAUCGCGGUAGCUGGUCACUUUCGUGCUCCUGGCCAUCUUGCGCAGCUCGCGUCAAUCGCUGUCGGCGGUCUGCGGCUGCACACGCGCGAUGGAGGCCGUCGUGCGCUGUCGCUGGUACCGUACCGCGCCGCCUAUGCGCUUGGACGUGCCUGCUGUACCACGCGGGCACGCGUAGUUGCAUUCGUUAUCGUGCUAACGCGCGACCGGCCACCGUUAGCUCUUGGUGCUGGCGCGCAGUUGUGCACGCACAUCGAAGCUGCUGUUGCAGCGGUCGGCUUUGAUGCGUCAGGUCGUUCACGGUGGUCAGUUGGCCGGGCGUUCAUUGCCGGCCACUGA